AUCUGAUUUGAGUUAACCUAAAAAAUUUUUAUUACAAAAACAUCACAAUAUGAACGAAGAAAUUGAUGAAUCUGAGUUUUACCAUCAAGAUUUUACGACGGCAUCGGAAUGGGAAGUGUUUAUUUCGCGAUUAGAAGAGAUCGUACACGAAUGGAAAAUCGAAGAUGUAAAAAAUCUCGACAAAGGAAACGUAAAUGUGAAGUGGUUGGUGAAAUCUGAAAAUGUACACUUUUCCGAUAUGGAAUUUAAGUUGAGUCUCUACCGUUUGAUGUCUGCUAUUAAAGAUGCUAAAGAUGAUGAUGAGGAUGGAGAUAAAAAGACUAAAAAUCCUAUCGAUUCAAAUUUUGAUUUUGUUUUAGAGGAUGAGGAUGAUUCCAAUCCGGAUAAAUAUAUUUAUAAAUGGUACGGUUUGAAUGAGUAUAUGGUGAUUAGCCCUCUUAAUAAUGCUGGUAUUACUUCUGAGAGUAUAAUUAAAAUUUUGUUGAGUUCUGCUAAUAUAGCUGUGGCUAAUUUAAAUUGUGAAAUUCCAAUGUUUAUUCAAAUAAGAGAUAAGUUGCAGCAUUUAUAUUUGGGUGUUUAUGAAGGAAAUGGUAUAAAAACUAAUUAUGAAAUGAUCCAUUUAAGGAGAGGUCCACCAUAUUACAAAUAUUUAAGUGGAUUACUUGAUAUAUUCAAAACGAAAAUAAUAUCACCAGUUAAUUUAGAUCCUGUGAUGGUUUCUGUACAAUUAACAUACCAUUUAACAGAGUUUGGGAAUUAUUCUUGGAAGCAAGAAUCUUUAGAUGUGUUCAGUGAUAACUUCGAUAGUAAUUCUUUAACAAUUUUACCAUUUGGUGUUCGCUAUGACCCAAUAGCAUGUUUAGUUUUGAGAACAAAAUGGUCUCAUUUACCAGAAAAUUUUGUUGUUGAUAGCGAAAAUUAUUCAGAUUUUGAUCCAAUGCAUGCUCCAAUAUGGACUUUAUCCUCUAUAAUGUCUGAUCAACCAGUUUGUUUACUUGCCGAAUGUUUAAAUGAAUUUUUACAACUGCUUAAUAACAAUUUUACAAUCCAAGACAUCUUGGGUGAUUACGCCUCAGUUCCACAACCGGAAAAUAAUCCACUUGCACUUCUAACCGAACCUCAAAUUCCAACAAUUACCACAAUGCUCAAACGAGCGACAAGGAACUCAAUUAUACGACAAAGAAGAGGUGUUUCACCAUUAUCUGAGGAAACUCUUGUUCCUUUAUUGUACUUUUUAUUUCCUGACGCAUCUGAUGACGUUUUACACCCAUACAGUGAAAUGAAUCCAAAAGAGAACGUUAAAACAACGUUUCGCGAUGUGAAUAAUGUAAAAACGAUCGAGGAUUUAUUUAACGGUUAUAAAACGUGCGCGAAUGAUUCUUUAGUUUGGCGAUUGUCAAUUACUUUGGCACAAACUUUGGAUACUUUAGGAGGAAUUCGCAGUAUGGCACAUUUAUGGUUUGAAUUUGUUCAAGAAAUGAGAUAUAGAUGGGAUAAAUCAGUUGCAAUUCCAGGAUUAUCGCCAGGGUUCCCCGACCCCAGAACAAACCUCUUACAUCAAAAACUUCAAAUGUUAAAUUGUUGUAUUGAAAGGAAAUCAGCCCGAGAAUCGGAAGCGAGUAAAUUAUUUGAAUCUGCCAGGGAGGAAGCUUCUUCAUCGACGGAUGAUGAAGAAUUUUUCGAGUGUAAUAUUGAUGAUGAACCUGUAAAAAAGAAGCACAGUUAUUCUUCUUGGAAUCAGCCAGUUGGUCGUCUGGGAAAAUUCGAAGAUCUUAAAUUGAUUAAAACCGGGGAACCUUUGUACAUCCCAAUUACUCAGGAACCGGUUCCAAAAACGGAAGAUCAACUUGAAGAAGACACAGAUGUUUUGUUAAAACUUGGUUCGGAUGCCCAAGGAUCCGAAUUAAGAGCAAAAUUAAUGAGCGCCUCCUUAUUAAGCGACAUGGAAUCAUUUAAAGCGGCUAAUCCAAAUUCGAUCUUAGAAGAUUUUAUUCGAUGGUACUCACCAAGGGAUUGGAUCGAAGAAGACGGUUUAGAUGAAUGGGGCCAGAAAAAAGGACAUUUAAGUUCAAGAAUGCUAAUUUCGGAUAAUACUUGGGUGGAAAUUUGGAACAAUUCCAAACCGGUUCCGGCUCAUAGACAAAAACGUUUAUUCGACGACACCAGAGAAGCCGAAAAGGUACUUCACUUCUUACAUUCUCGAAACGUAUCUCAAAUAAUCGACCUUCUUCUUCCGGUUCUUUCUCACACCGCCAUCUACCGAUUAACAGAAGAAUACCAACAAAUCCACCUGCAGGAUUCUACCGGCGAACUCAAACAAGUUAUAAAAACGGGCGAACGACUUUCACGCGACGGAAAAGUUUCGAAACGACGAUGCGAAGUUCUCAUUCAAGAGAUGGCGGCGUUAGAGCUUAGCGUUUCACAGAUAAACUCGUUGCUUUACAAAUUCAAUCCAUCCGGAGGCGAGGAUAAUGAUUUAAGGGGGCUAGCCGAAAAUUUAAUUAAAGGAAGGGAAGUCGAGAUUGCGGACAGAGAAAGUUCGAGAAUUGGAAAGAACAUGUUGGGGAUGUUCUCGGAUGCCCAGAAGGUUGUUAAUAUGAUCGUAGCGGAUCAUGAGGGCGAAACGAGGUCACAUUCGACCAAUUCUCCUUUUCCUCAGCCCUUUGAAAGGGAAUUUGUGUUGAGGGUCGUCGCGCAAAGACCGGCGGUGUAUUCUAACAAAAGUCCUCAAUUCUUAAGGGCGAUCCUCUCCAGAAACGAGUUCAGGUUGGCUGGAGCUUUUUCUGAAGAUAUUGUAUUUUUUUAAUUUUUUUUUUAAUCUAUCGUGUUAUAAUAAUAAAAGAAAUACGGUAAAAAUCUUGAUAUAACGGAUUAAUAUAGGAAAGGGAGUGUGGGUUAUAAUCCAAAUCUUUCUAGUUCUAGGUUUAGUGUUAGUUCAAAAAAAAAUGUGCAAUAAACUAAUAUUGAAUAAA